GAUCUUUCAGACACGAAUGGUCAUAUGAUGUGAUGAUUUCCUUCACGAAAUCGAUGAUCACGAAGAAAAAAGAUACAAAAUUGAAGGCUCCCGCAUAUUGUCCCAAUCCCUGAUUCAUAAAUUUGACCUUUUUAAUCUUCUGCUUUACCUCGAGUGUUGCACAUAAUAAAGCUACUUUUUUGGCCUUUAAUUUACUCAGAAAUCUCUCUCUCUCUCUCUGUGGGUUUACCCUUGUGUGCCCAAAACUGUCUCUGCCGCUGUUCUUCUUCUUCUUCCGCAGUUGCAAGCUGAUUGUUUCAGAUUUUGCUCGUGUUCAUCGUUGGCUUCUUCUUGGCUGUUUUCUAGAGAGAGAAAACCAUGGCGGGAGGUGGAGCUCCAGCACCCAAAGCCGACGAACCUCAGCCGCACCCUCCAAAGGAUCAGCUCCCCAACAUUUCGUAUUGCAUCACCAGUCCUCCUCCAUGGCCUGAAGCUAUCCUCCUCGGUUUUCAACACUACCUCGUGAUGCUUGGCACGACGGUCCUCAUACCUACUGCCCUUGUUCCCCAGAUGGGAGGUGGAAAUGAAGAGAAGGCAAAGGUGGUCCAGACUAUACUCUUUGUCUCUGGGAUCAACACUUUGCUCCAAUCACUGUUCGGGACAAGAUUACCAGCUGUAAUCGGAGCAUCCUACACAUUUGUCCCAACCACCAUAUCGAUUAUCCUCUCGAGUCGAUUCAGUGAUACCUCAAACCCCGUAGAUCGAUUUGAAAGGAUAAUGCGAGCAACCCAAGGCGCCUUGAUUGUUGCUUCAACGCUACAGAUGAUUCUCGGUUUUAGUGGCCUUUGGCGUAAUGUUGUCAGGUUCUUAAGUCCUCUCUCGGCUGCUCCAUUGGUGGGUUUAGUAGGUUUCGGGCUAUACGAGUUCGGUUUCCCCGGGGUUGCAAAGUGCAUUGAGAUUGGGCUGCCCGAGCUUCUAAUUCUAGUAUUUGUUUCACAGUACCUGCCUCAUGUCAUAAAAUCAGGGAAAAAUGUGUUUGAUCGGUUUGCCGUGAUAUUUUCCGUGGUGAUCGUGUGGAUCUACGCCCACCUUCUCACGGUUGGCGGGGCCUACAAUGAUGCUGCCCCAAAGACACAAGCAAGCUGCCGAACUGAUCGUUCUGGCCUCAUAGGUUCUGCACCUUGGAUACGAGUUCCGUGGCCUUUCCAAUGGGGUGCCCCCUCCUUUGACGCAGGAGAAGCUUUUGCCAUGAUGAUGGCUUCUUUUGUUGCACUUGUGGAGUCCACUGGUGCUUUUAUCUCUGUUUCGAGAUACGCAAGUGCCACGAUGUUGCCACCUUCUAUUCUCAGCCGAGGUGUUGGCUGGCAGGGAGUUGCAAUUCUGAUAUCAGGGUUGUUUGGUACAGGUGCUGGUGCCUCCGUUUCUGUAGAGAACGCCGGUCUUUUGGCCCUGACGCGAGUUGGUAGUCGGAGGGUUGUCCAGAUAGCUGCUGGUUUCAUGAUUUUCUUCUCUAUUCUUGGAAAAUUCGGAGCUGUGUUUGCUUCAAUUCCUGGACCCAUCAUUGCUGCUCUGUACUGUCUCUUCUUCGCCUACGUAGGAGCUGGAGGUGUGAGUUUUCUUCAGUUCUGCAACCUUAACAGCUUCAGGACGAAGUUCAUCUUGGGUUUCUCCAUCUUCCUUGGUUUGUCUAUUCCGCAGUACUUCAAUGAGUACACUGCUAUCAACGGUUAUGGUCCCGUCCAUACAGGAGCUCGAUGGUUCAAUGACAUGGUGAACGUGCCGUUCUCGUCGGAGCCCUUUGUGGCGGGAUGCGUGGCGUUUUUCUUGGACAACACAUUGCACAAGAAAGACGGGUCGAUCAGGAAGGACAGAGGAAAGCAUUGGUGGGACAAGUUCAGGUCUUUCAAAGGCGACACCAGAAGCGAAGAGUUCUACUCUCUUCCCUUCAACCUUAACAAGUAUUUCCCAUCCGUCUGAAGGCAGCAAAGAUCUGAGCUUGUUUCAGGAGAAGAAGAUGGAACCUCGAAAUUUCACCGUUACUGUUUAGUGUUCUAAGUGAUGUAGUUUUCUUACAAAGAGUGAUUCCGACAACAUUUAUUUACUUUGCCUUUUGUAAAUCUAAGAGAAAACAACACUAUUGUCACUUGAGUAGCUACGAAGCAGAUCCCACUUUGCUUUCUUG